UUUGCGCACUUUAACAAGCCUAGGACAACCCACUGACAAUUGGGAUGUACUAAUAAUAUUUAUGUUAUUCCCUUGUUACUCCAAAGAAAUGUCAGAAAGCGGACUAAAAAUUCGUUUUCUAUUAAUCAGAAGGAUUUUUAUUUUAUUGUAUUUACGUUUUGGAACCUUUAGAAAAUAAGCAGUAUACGGCAAUACAUUUUGAUAUCUGAAAACCUAAUUUAAAUCGCUUUUUACAGAAACAAUAUCACGGGAUAUUGUAAAAACCUAUAAAUCCGAUAAAACCAGAACUAUUCGUCAUUGAUACUGAAUUUUCAAGAGAAACUCUUUGGAACCAUAAAGGAAUAUUACUCUGGAACCAAACUUACAAGGAAUUUAGACGAAAAACAUAAUCAUCUUUCUUGAACUAUUGUUACUUUUAUACUAGAAAGAACUUGGCUGUGGCAUCCAAGAACGAGAAAAAGGUCUACUUCACGAGAUAAUUUUUCUAGUUUCAUCCAAGCCAUGUUAGUUGUGUCUUAAACAUAUUAACUGUUUUUUAUCAAUUUAUAAAUUCUGGUAAUUUUUAUUUAUUAAGAAUCAUUCAUUUUAUACUAAUUUGGCGAUUGACGAUUAUUAUUUUAUACCAACACUGUACGUAUUUUUUUAAUAAGUUGAAGCGAUUUCUAUCCAUAAAUCGGGAAGAAAUAUAAAAAUCAUUACAAGAUUAUUUAUUCAUAUACACUUUAAGUAUUCGAUCGAUUAUCGCUAUUUAAAAAAAUAUUGCAAACUACUUAAACGAAUUCAAUCUUCCAGCAUACUUCAUAGGUAGAAGGUAUCCUGGAUUGUUUUUCUUUUGGUGCCUUUCCAUUACUGGAGGUUGGCCGAUAGUCUCGUGAGCCUUGUUUUGUCCUGGAUAGGAUAGAGUAAUCAAGUUGGUAGUAUAUAUAACUAAACCGUAACAAUAUAAUUUUUAAUAUUUUUUCCGUAAAAUGUCUCUAAAACUUUUGCAAUAUCCGAGUUAUGAUAAUUGUUUCUCAAUAUAUAUGGCGUAUUCUAUAAUUAUUUGUAACGACCGCAAUUUUCCGUAAUUUCAAUAUCAUUUAAUUAUUUCCUAUAUCUUUACCUAUUAUAAAAAUAUUUUUUAUAAUCUGACGCUCAGAAUCAGACCGCGUUUUGCUCUUAUUGCUAAUUAAUAAUCUGUGAUAUUUUAUAUCGAGGAAAUGUUUUAUUGAAAUCAUAUUAUUAUGUUAAUAUGUGGAACGAAUUAAUGAAUAGAAUAUUAAUGAGAUUUAUAUAAUAGUAUUAAUAGUCUAAAGUGUUAAGAAAAUACCACCUUACAAGCACAAAGCAACCUGACCUUACAAUUAACAGCCAGCAUAUAUAAGACAAGAUUUAUCUCCACUCGGUCAAUAAUGUUCUUAUUACAUACAGAUAUACGCAUAUUUAUAUGACAACGUAACAAUCCAGGUAAGAGAACAAUAAACUAUUCUAACAUCUUAUUUCACAUGUAAUGACUCACUUGUGAACACUUAGAGAAAUGAUAAAACUAAGAAGAAUCCUGAUAGUAUUGCUGGCGGUAGCCUUCACAGAAGCCCAUCUGCCAACACUACCGAUUCGAAUCUCUAGUGGCCUACUUCGUGGUACUGUUUCUCUGGAUAAUUCGCAUGUCAGAUACCACGGUAUACCUUAUGCCGUUGCAAAUAGAUUUGAGAGUCCAAAACCAGCACCAAAAUGGGAAGGUAUUUUUGGUGCUAUCAAUAAAUACAGUCGAUGUCCACAACGAUUUUUAGGUUUUGUUAUAGGAAAUGAAGACUGCCUUACUCUUAAUGUUUACGCCCCAAUAAAGCGAAGGAAUCGGCCUUACCCCGUGAUGGUAUUUAUACACGGCGGAGGCUUUAGAGAUGGAUCUGGAUCAGCUUACAUAUACGGACCAGAAUUUAUGGUCAACCAUAAUGUCAUUCUGGUCACAUUUAAUUAUCGCCUUGAAAUUUUAGGUUUUCUUUGCUUGGGCAUAAAGGAAGCUCAAGGAAAUAUGGGCUUAAAAGAUCAAGUAGAAGCUCUCCGUUGGGUGAGAAAAAAUAUCAUAGCUUUUGGAGGUGAUCCUGAUAAUGUAACAUUAUUUGGUGAGAGUGCAGGUUCCGCUUCUGUGCUUUUUCAUAUCUUAUCUCCGAUGUCCAAAGGUUUAUUUCAAAAAGCUAUAUUAGAAAGUGGUUCUGCCAUGUCAUUUUGGGCGACACAGUUUAACCCUAAGGAUAUAGCAUUUCAAGUUGCACAACAAUUGAAAUACAACACGUCGGAUGUACGUGAGAUUUUGGAGAUUUUCAAAAAAAAAUCUGCAGUGGAGUUACUCAGCACAAGGGUGCCUAGAUCUAAUGGAAAUAUAGUGCAAUCGGAAAAUAUAUUUGUCCCCUGUAUUGAGACUUCAAUUCCUGGAACUGAAGCAUUUUUAACAGAUAGUCCCUAUGUUGUACUUAACAGCGGCAAAUUUAAUAAAGUUCCUGUAAUAAUUGGAUUUAAUAACGCAGAAGGAUAUAUGUUUGUGGGAAAGGAGAAUAAAACAACUAAGUCCAUGUUUAACUUCCUUGACUCGCUACCACGAGAUUUACAAUUUCCAAAUAGUAGUGCAAGGUUAGAGACUGCAGAAAAUCUAAAAAACAUAUAUUCUUCCAAAGAAAAUAGUUCAGAAAUCAGUGUAGACAGCCUAGUCCAAUAUGAAGGUGAUGCUGGAAUUAGAUUUCCUGUCGUAUCUACAACGGAUUUGUUAAUAAAAAAUUCUGGAAAACCAGUAUUUUCUUAUAAGUUUUCAUACAGCGGUUUAUUAAAUCUAGUAAAGAUAUUUUACGGAUUUGGAACAAGCCCUGGGGCAUCACACGGUGACGAGCUUCCUUAUUUAUUUAAAGUAGCAGGUUUUUGGCCAAUAGCAACAUUGGAGAUGAAAAUGAUUGAUUAAAUGACAACUAUGUGGAGCAAUUUUGCAAAAUAUAGUAAUCCAAUCCCAUUCAAGACGGCGCUGCUUCCUGUAAAGUGGGAACCAGCGACCCUCAAGGAACCCAAGCAGUUAGUCAUUAAUACGCACCUGUCUACCGCGCCUUUAUGGGAAGAUGAUGCUUUGUUACUAUGGAAUGAAA